AUGUCUCAGCUCCUCACUUCUAAUGGGUUGCAAAAUGGUUCCUCUCUCCCAACAUCUGCUACCCGCGUUGCUAAUGGCGAGACCCCUUCCAACUGGAUGCCUUGCGCCGACCAACCUGCAUAUGCACAACGGAAACUAAGGAUAAUCUGCAUCGGCGCGGGAUACUCGGGCUUGACACUUGCCCACAAGAUUGACCAUGAGCUGAAGCUCGGCGAUUUCGUGGAAUUGAAAAUCUACGAAAAGAAUCCUGAGGUCGGUGGAACAUGGUUUGAGAACACCUAUCCUGGCGUCGCUUGCUCUUUGGCAACCGAAACUGACAUCCACUUAGAUGCAUACACAUUUUUAUUCGAGCCGAAUCCAAACUGGUCCCACUUCUAUGCACCCGGUCCCGAGAUUGAGGAGUACAUCCAACGAACAACAAAGAAAUGGAAACUGGACAAAGACAUCCAGUUCAACACCCGUGUUACUGAGACCGUGUGGAAUGAUGAGUUGGGAAAGUGGAAAGUGGAGGUAAAUCAAGAUGAUACAAUCAUGCAUGACGAAGCCGAUAUUCUGGUCAAUGCGUCCGGAUUCUUGAACAAAACCAAUUGGCCCAACAUUGAGGGCCUAUCGAGUUUCAAGGGCAAGUUGCUUCACACUUCGGCCUGGGAUAAUACCUACGACUGGUCAAACAAACGUGUUGCAGUCAUUGGCAAUGGCUCCUCCGGGAUUCAAUGCGUGGCUGCAAUGCAGCCGAAGGUCGCCCAACUUGUCAACUUUGUGCGCAAUCCAACCUGGGUUUCUGUCAACUUCUGUACGGAGAAGACACGAGAUGGGAGCAAUUUCUCCUACACAGAAGAGGAAAAAAAACAGUUUGCAGAAGAUACCGAGGCUCAUUUUAGGUAUCGAAGAGAGCUAGAGGCCAGGCAAUUAAGUGUUAAUGGGUUCUUUUAUGGAAUGUAUAAAGGCCACCCAAUGCAAUUGGGGUUGACACAGGUUUCCCAGCAACAAAUGGCGGAGCGAAUGAAAGGAAUCUCCGACCCGGAAGUUGUGUCAAAAAUGCUUUCUCACAAGUUCAGUCCUGGCUGCCGUCGCUUGUCACCAGGAGAUGGGUAUCUGGAGGCUUUUGCCGAAGACAAUGCAACUCUCACUUUCGAUCCAAUUGAAAGUAUCACAGAACUGGGUAUCAAAACGGUUACAGGUGAUGAGCAACAAUUUGACGUGAUUGUCUGUGCCACAGGAUUUGACACGUCCUUUAUUCCAUCUUGGAAGAUGGUUGGUCGCCAUGGAGCCACAUUGGAAGAGCGAUGGAAAGUUAACCCUGAGGCUUUCUUUGCGGUCCAAGUGGAUACAAUGCCGAACUAUUUUAUCUUCAAUGGGCCCAAUUGCCCUGUUUCCCACGGCUCAGUUCUGACGCAGGUCUCUUGGACAUGUGACUACAUUCUCCGCUGGGCUAAGAAGAUUUCUGGAGAGGAUAUCAAGUCAAUUGAUGUCAAGAAAGAAGCUGUGGAAGACUACAAUGUUUACUGCCAAGAGUUCCUCAAGCGUAUGGUCUGGUCGGAUACCUGUCAGAGCUGGUACAAGAACGGAAAAAGUUCAGGCCAGGUCACUGGAGUAUAUCCAGGUUCAGUUUUGCACUUUAAAGACUGUCUUCAAAACAUGGGUGGGGAGCACUUCAAUAUCGAGUACCGCUCUAAGAACCGAUUCCACUUUCUAGGCAAUGGUGAAAGUGUGCAUGAUCAGCAUGGAGCAGGUGAUUUGGCCUGGUACAUGGACGAUAUGAAAGCCUCCAUACCGCCACUCUAA